AUGAAGUCUGCAUUUGUGUUGCUGGCCUUCUUGGCCGUCUCGCAGGGAGUUCUCAGGAUUCCCCUGAAGAGAGGGAAGUCUGCCCGGCAACAGCUGGAGGAGAGAGGCCUGUUCCAGGAGUACAGGAAGAAGUUUCCAUACAACCCGGCAGCUAAGUUUCUCCCAAGGGUCGAGCAGACUGUGGUGCCAUUGACCUUUGACCCUGAUACUACAUACUAUGGAGAGAUUGGCAUCGGGACCCCUCCUCAGGUCUUUAAAGUCCUCUUUGACACCGGCUCCUCCGACUUCUGGGUUCCCUCCGCAAGCUGCAACAGCUCCGCCUGUGGCAAUCAUGUAAUGUUCAGCAGCUCGGCAUCCUCCACUUUUGAGGCCGGCACAAAUACUUUCCGCAUAUCGUACAUCAGCGGAUAUGCAUCAGGAACCACAGGAUAUGAUAUCGUAAAGGUAGGCGACCUCUACGUGGAGCACCAGAUCAUUGGCCUCGCUGACGAAGAGGCGAAUUUCCUUGACUCUGUUCCCUGGGAUGGGAUUCUUGGUAUGGCCUUCCCUGGCUUGUCACACGAGGGAGGCACACCUAUUUUUUACAACAUGUGGAACCAGGGCAAAAUCUCCCAGAAUAUGUUCUCCAUGUACCUGAGCAGUUCUCUAGAGGGCAGUAUGCUUUUUCUGGGAGGAACAGAUUACAACUAUUACUCUGGAAGCCUAAACUGGAUCCCCCUGUACGGAGCCACUAACUAUUGGAACAUCCAGAUACAAAGCAUCACCAUCAAUGGGAACACUGUGGCCUGCUCUGGAGGUUGUGAAGCAGUAGUGGACUCUGGGACUUCUUACAUCAUCGGCCCAAGCAAAGACAUUAACAACAUCAACGGCUGGCUGGGAGCCUCCACAGAUCAGUUUGGUGAAGCUUCUGUGAGCUGCAGAAACACGAAUAGCUUGCCAGAAAUUAUGUUCAACAUAAACGGCUACAACUUUGCUCUUCCUCCAUCAGCCUACGUAAUACAGUCUUCGUCCGGCUGCAGCACAGGGUUUGGAGCCGGCAUCUGGAUCCUGGGAGAGGUGUUCAUGCGGCAGUACUACACCGCCUUCGACAUCGGAAACAACAGGGUGGGCUUUGCUCAGUCUGUGUGAAAGCACGUGAAAACACUGGGCCUCUUUGAAAUGAUAUUAGCUGUUUGUUAGAGGCUUCAGACAGCUGCUGAUAUUUAGAAAGUAAUUGAUUUUAUUUUUAUAAUCACAAUUCACUGUUCCGCAAAUGAACAAAUGAUAUACUUAUGCUCAAGUAAAAGUAGAAGAUAAGAGAUAAGAUAAGAUAGUACUUUAUUGAUCCCAAUUUUUGGAAAUUCUCUGUUACAAGUACAAACUUCUGAAUUUUUGUUUUUACUUAAGAAAAAGCUUAAAGGUAUCAACAUCAAAGUACUAGAAGUAAAAGUACUCAUCCUGCACACUGUCGUAUAGGAUAUUAUAACAAGUUAUAAUGAUUGAUGUAUGAAUACGUUCAUUAUUGUUGCAGCUGGUAAAGGAGAAGCAUAUUUUACUUUAUUUACUAUACAGCCAAGUAGCUUGCAAAGCGGUGUAUUAACCUAUGAUAAUACAUGCUAAAUAAUUUGUUGAUUAUAUUUAGUACUAUUAAUCUGAAUUGUCAGAAUGACUAAGGUUAUCAGAUAAAUGUAAUGCAGUAAAGUAAGAACAGCACUUGAGUAAAUGUAGUUAGGCUACUGUCCACCACCACAAACUAUCGUGUAAAAGCAGUCAUAUUUGUGAAUGACACUAAUAAAA